AUGCGUAUGUCUGCAGCUAUGUUUUCAUCCUUUCGAUGCAAGACGAGGUCUUCAAAGGUGAUGUUGAGAAGAGGAAGAAAAAGAAGAAGAAGAAUAGAAGACGCUUUGGUCGCGCCGGAGAUCCCUCUCGAUCUACUGAUCGAGAUUCUGACUAAAUUGCCUGCUAAAUCUCUUAUGAGAUUCAAGUGCGUCUCAAAGUUAUGGUCUUCUCUUAUCCGUUCCCGAUUUUUUAGCAACUGUUAUCUUACGGUCAAAACUCCACGGCGACCACCUCGUCUAUACAUGAGUUUGGUAGACCACCUCUUGUGUAAUUCACUGAUGGUUUGCCACUACCCAUGUGAGUCUGUACUGCUGUCGUCUAGUAGCAGUGCUGAGUCUUUGGAACAAAAUUUGACAAUUGCAGGGAUGGGAGGACGCAACAUGGUGGUUCUUCGCGGCUUGAUUCUAUACGUUGUUUGCAGAACGGCGUCUAUCUAUAAUCCCACCACCAGACAAAGUGUAACCUUACCUGCUGUCAAAUCCAACAUCCUUGCUCAAAAAUCCCACUGGAAUAGUCUCCUCUACUUUUUCGGAUACGAUCCUGUUCUUGAUCAAUACAAAGUAGUUUGCACUGUUGCACUAUUCUCAAAAAGGCUUAAGAGGAUAACCUCAGAGCAUUGGGUCUUCGUACUAGAACCAGGAGGUUCGUGGAAAAGAAUUGAAUUCGAUCAACCUCAUCUCCCUACGAGACUAGGAUUGUGCGUCAAUGGAGUUAUAUAUUAUUUGGCUUCCACUUGGAAGCGUCGUGAUAUCGUUGUCAGUUUUGACGUUCGGUCUGAAGAGUUCAGUAUGAUCCAAGGACCUCUUAAGGUGUCUGCAUUUUCUGAGUCUGUGGGAUUUAUAGAGUAUGGUGGAAAACCAGCUGUUUUUGAUUAUACCAUGAUGAAACAAACGGGUUUGGUGGACUUGUGGGUCUUGGAAGAUGCUGGAAAAUGGUCAAGGAAAUCUCUGGUUUUGCAGCCUUGUCAGAUGCAUUUAGUCGAUAAUGACAUUGAGUUUAAUGUGGAAGGUACAACUCAAAACGGCGAGGUUAUCUUGGCACCCGAAACGAUUAUUUCCCCUUAUUACAUUCUUUUUAUGACCUCCAAAAGAAUGAUAUGA